AUGGAGGCUGAGGUGAGAAAUGAAGAAUCAAGUGCUAGUGGUGUUUCUAAGUCGGGUAAGCGGCAUGUUAAACCUGUAGAUCCAGAUCCAAAUGGGGAAAAAUUAUUGCAGGUUGAAGAUCCAUUGUUGGAAGCGACAAAGUACUUGAAGCUCCUUCAAAAACAUUCGCCUGACUCUUUGGAGACACACUUGCUUUCUUUUGAAGUAAAUAUGAGAAAGAAGAAAAUUCUGCUCGCUCUUCAGGCUGUAAAGCAAUUGCUAAGGUUGGAUGCUGAAAGCCCUGAUUCCCAUCGCUGCUUGGUUAGAUUCUUCCAUAAAGUGGGCACAAUGACUGCUCCUGUGACAGAUACUGAGAAGCUUGUUUGGAGUGUCUUGGAAGCAGAGCGUCCAUGGAUUAGUCAAUUGCAUGAGAAAUCUCUCACUGAAGCAAAUAUGAUUUUCUUUGAAAAACAUAAAGAUUCAUUAAUGCAUAGAGCUGCAGUGGCGGAAAUGUUAUAUGUUUUAGAACCGAACAAGAAACUUGAGGCUAUUAAAUUAAUUGAAGGUUCAACCAACAACCCUGCACCAAUAAGUGGAGCACUUGGACCAGUCAAUGAAUGGAAACUCAAAGACUGCAUUGCUGUUCACAAGCUCCUAGGAACUGUUCUUAAUGACCCGGAUGCUGCAAUGAGGUGGAAAGCAUCCUGUGCCCAGUACUUCCCUUACUCAACCUACUUUGAAGGCAAGCGCAGCUCUGCCAUACCCAAUUCAGUGUACAGUCGGAUUGCCAAGAACCCUGAGAAUGGAGGCCCAAGCCAUCCUGAAGAUGGUGAAACUGCAGAUUUUGUUGCAUCAAAUGGAAAGCUCGAAGCAUUUAAGGAUCUUACCAUCUGA